CAAGAACUAUGACAUCUGUUUUAUUUAAGUAUCAGACAUAUCUUCCACCUCAAUUGCUUCAUUGCUAUCACCAUCAGUCAAUCCUCAAUUUUUCAUUAUCGGUCUUCCAAACGCGUCAACAAUCCAUCACUUGCCCGGCAUCAUGGACAAGGUAGGCAAACAGUCGUUCGAGCACGAUGACAACAUCAUUGAUCCUAAGGAAGAGUCCAUGGCGCAUGAUGACUAUGUACCCGGAACCGAAGAAGAGAAGAAGCUCGUUCGCAAGAUCGACCUCUUCAUUCUCCCCAUGAUGUGGCUCAUGUACCUCCUUUCAUACAUGGACAGAACCAAUAUCGGAAAUGCCAAAAUCGCCGGAAUGGACAAAGAUCUUAACCUCGAUUCCAACAAAUACUCCAUCGUCCUCGUUGUCUUCUUCGUCGGCUAUGUCGUCUUUGAAGUUCCCUCCAACAUGAUCCUCACACGAACCCGUCCGAGUCGAUAUCUUCCCGGCAUCAUGUUUGUUUGGGGCGGCGUCACAAUUGCAAUGGCUUUCACGCGCACCUAUGAACAUAUGAUCGGCUUUAGAAUUCUCAUGGGCGUUCUCGAGUCCGGAUUUGCUCCUGGUGUUCUUCUGCUUCUCUCUUCUUGGUACAAGAGUGAAGAGCAGAGCAAGCGAUUUGCCGUGUACAUCUCCGCUGCCAUCCUCUCCGGUGCAUUCGGUGGUCUCUUGGCUGGCUCUAUCACCAGUGGCCUAGACGGCGCACACGGCAAGGCUGGCUGGAGAUGGUUGUUUGUUGUUGAAGGUGCUGCCACUAUGGGAGUGGCAGUGAUUGCAUACUUUGUCCUUCCUGACUUUCCGUCAAACACUUCGAGGCUCAAGUUCAGCCAGGCAGAGAUUGAUCUUGCCAUUCAAAGACUGCAACACAACAGGCCACAGGUUCAUACUGAGGAUGAAGCGAAACUAGGUCAUUGGAAGGCUUUCAAACUCAGCAUGACCAACUGGCGCACCUGGCUCUAUGUUGUUGGUUAUAUGGCGAUCGUGGGCUCUUCAACCCUCUCCUACUUCUACCCCACUCUCGUCAAAGGUCUCGGUUACGAAUCCACGACAGCUCAGUACAUGACCAUACCCAUCUUUGGCGUUGCAUUUGUGGUUACCGCUCUCACAGGCUACUUCGCUGAUAAGAAGAGUCGAUGGCGAGGCGUUAUACUGUGCGCCUGGAUGAGUAUCGCCAUGUUGUGUGCCAUCGUCAUCUGCGUCGUCUACAAUUUCAAAGCACGCUACGCUCUCCUCGUCAUCAUGGCUGCGGCGCUUUGGGCUUCAAAUGGUUUGUCGUUGUCUUACGCCUCAACAACCUUCGGUUCCAUGCCCAAUGAGACUCGAGCCAUCUCGCUGGCGUUUGUCAAUGCAAUGGGUAAUCUGGCGCAGAUUUACGGGGCGUACUUGUUCCCCGCUUCAGAGAAGCCAAAGUACCUCAAGGGAUUCGGUGUUAUCAGCGGGCUGUGCUUCACUGGAGCCGUAUCGUAUAUCCUCUUGCAUGUGUUUCUCAAAGGCAAGAAACGGGCUUGA